AUAAUUCAAAAUACCUUUCUAAAUGAUGUACUAUCGGGACGUGCGUUAAAAACAAAAGCAAUGUAUAUAUAAAUAUUAUAUUAAUCAAAGUUUUCGCAACUCUAUUCAAUUUAAUAAACAAUCAGAUUACGUUCCACUGGACACUGUUAAGAAGAGGAGCGUAACGGAAUGAUCCAUGUUUGCAUUAGGUUCUUGGAAAAUUAAAAAAAAAAAGAAAGAAAAAAAAGAAAAUGAGAACAGUUCGCGCGGUUCUACACGUAAUAUCGAGCGACCCGGUGACCUCUCGUCAUGCAAUUGAUUAUUUCAGGUGAGGUAGUCGGAAUAUGUUGUCAGCAAGGAGGCGUAGUCCGUUAUGGAGAGUCGGUCGGACAGCAUAAAGGAUCCGAUUUAUUAUCCUGCGAUGCAGGAGAUCGCGGAGGGGUCCGUGACCGCGAUCGACAGCGAAACGAUCGACAGAAGGAGCAGGAGUUCGGCGGGUAGCCAAGAGCUCGGUUUCGAGGAGAGCAACGCGUUGAAAGUACCACGUAAAUUUAUCACUAACUGGCGACAGGCCUGCGAUCGUACACGCGACAAGACGAAGGAUUUGUUGAAGAGAUGGCGAACAGUGUCGACCGCCGUCGACGAGAUCGUCGAUCCGCCGGUUCCCAACAAGCAAUUGGAACGUCCCGGUUGGAGCGUGCACGUUUGGACGACCUGGGUGAGUCGAUACCCCAGCGACGAGAAUCUCGAGGCUAUCGAAGAAGAUGGGACCGCCAUGGGAGGUAGAUUGAAGGAUCUAGCGCCCAUACAACGGGAUAAAUUCGCUCACUUUUUCACGUACCUGCUGGACCACGACAGAGACGGUUACGUCGACAGGCAAGACUUUCGAAUGCUUUCGGAGCGACUCAGGAGAUUCGCGGAUUGGUCUUGGAACGGGCCGGAAUACCUGCGAUUGCUGGAGGCCGAGGAAGGACUGGCGGAAUUGAUCCUGGACGAGAGGAAGUACGACGGCGAACAGAGAAAGAGGAUCGGUUUGGAUGACUGGCUGUGCUGGUGGGCACGUGUCGUCGCACCUGUCGGCGGCGCUUCCUACAACGACGUCCCUUUCUGGCUGAAGAUCUUGCCGAAGAUAUUUUUUCUCGCGAUCAACAGCUCGGCGAACGGUGUCAUUUCGAAGAGCGAACUCGCCGCGUUCUACGGAUCGGUCGUUUGCUUGGAGUCCGACCGGAUCUCUAAGUGCUUGGACAUUGCUUACAAUUCUAUGACUUCGAACGGAGGUCAUCCUCUUGGCUGGGCGCAGUAUCAGCUCGUGUACGGUAACUUCCUGUUCGGUCGAGGUCCGUUCGGUCCGGGCGAACAUUUCCUCGGCAUGACGGAUUCCUGCAUACUUCGCGGCAACGAUGUACCAUUCCCCAUCGAUUAUUCUGCGAUGAAUACGCCCAAGGACAAAUUGGAGGUGUACAGUCCGCACUGCAAGACCGCUCGACGCAGCGUCGUAGUUUAAAAAAAAGAAAA